AAUCGAUUAUCUGAGGCCAUGAACUAAACGGAAGGCAUUUCGGCUUUCUUUUUGGUUUUUUCGUUUCGUCACCCCCGCCGCACAGUACAAUCGUCGUCAUCUUCCCCUGCUCGCCCGAAGCUUCUCUCCCUCCUCUCCUCAGCGCCGCGUUCUCUCGGCCCCCACCUUCCCCGCGAAGUAACCACCACUAGGCACUAGUCCACCACCGCAUCUAGGUCGGCACCGCCCUCCCCCUCCUCCGUCUCCCCGCCGGAUGAUCGCCGCCGGCGCCACCUCGAUGGGCUGCGCCGCGACUCCAGCACCCGUGGCCCGGUCCUCCCGGUGGCCGCGCGCCGUCGCGCAGCUCCGCCUGGCGCUCCGCUCCCCUUCUGCGGCGGAGAGGAGUGCUGGCGGCGGUAGCGGGAGAUGGAUGGGCUGCUUCCGGCCGGUGCCGUCGCCGGCUGCCGCGGCGUCGGCGGUGAAGGAGGCGAAGGGGAAGCGGCCGGAGGUGGAGGAGGAGCCGGCGCGCGGCGGUGGGGAGGACGUGUGGAGCGCCGAGGCCGAGGCGGAGGUGGCUCACGGCGGGGGGUUCCCCGAGCACCUCGUCGUCAUGGUCAAUGGUCUCGUCGGGAGUGCCGAUGAUUGGAAGUUCGCGGCGGAGCAGUUCGUGAGGCGGAUGCCAGACAAGGUGAUCGUGCAUCGAAGUCAAUGCAACUCUGCCACCCAGACAUUUGACGGAGUUGACUUGAUGGGUGAAAGGUUAUCGAAUGAGGUUAUAUCAGUUGUAGAGCAAAGAAGAGGUGUCAAGAAGAUCUCGUUUGUGGCACACUCUCUUGGUGGUCUUGUUGCCAGAUAUGCUAUAGGAAAACUUUAUAAACCUAGAAGCAGAACUAAGUCUUCUGUUGGAAAGAGCAGUGAUGAUGUUGAGCACUUGGAUGGUCUCAUUGCUGGCUUAGAACCUAUGAAUUUUAUAACAUUUGCAUCACCACAUCUGGGUUCAAGUGGAAACAAACAGCUACCUUUUUUAUGUGGCCUGCCUUUCCUUGAGCGAAGAGCAUCAGAAACUGCACAUUUGAUUGUUGGGAGAACCGGAAAGCAUUUGUUCCUUACAGACAAUGAUGACGGCAGACGGCCGCUUCUCCUUCGAAUGGUUGAUGACUGUGAUGAUUUAAAAUUCAGAUCAGCGUUGCGCUCUUUCAAACGGCGUGUAGCAUAUGCUAAUGCUAAUUUUGACCAUAUGGUCGGGUGGAGAACAUCAUCAAUCCGUCGUCAACAUGAGUUACCGAAACAUCGACUUCUUGUUCGUGAUGAGAAGUAUCCACAUAUUGUCCAUGUUGAUAAGGGAAUUACAAACAAUAAUGAAACCGAAGUCCCUGUCGAUCUUUGUGACCCAGAAGAGGAAAUGAUAAGAGGCCUUACACAAGUACUGUGGGAACGUGUCGAUGUAAGCUUCCAGAAAAGCAGUCAAAGAUUGGUUGCGCACAACACCAUUCAGGUGAAAAGCUAUUGGCUAAACUCGGACGGAGAAGACGUGAUCAACCACAUGAUGGAUUAUUUCCUCGUUACCAUUCCCAUCCAGAUAAUGUGAUUGAUUCUUUAGGCCCGUGUGCUCCAGACGCAGAGCAGAGCCCAGAUGUUUCUGAUCCUCCCCAUCAACAAAGUUAGCUCGUCCAACUGUAUCAUAAUCUGUCCUGCCUUGUAUUGCACAACUGAGCUAAACAAAGGUUGACUGAAAUAGAUUUCUCAUGUCUGAUUCUGUUGUCUUC